UUACAGUAAAACCCCCAAAACAAACAAAGGACCCCACCAAAUUCUGUAAAGGAGGAGGUGGUUUAUAUAAAGAAGCUUACGCUUACAAUUUCUUGCCUUCAACAACAAUUCGGGCAGUGUGCUUGUGGGAGACCCCUAUGAGACAUGUCGUUAUUGGACCUCUGUUGGCUGAGUCCCUGCCAGACGAGAUCACCCAUGGUCCAGUGGCUUAACACGCAGUCCCCAACCACACCAAGCUGCAGCCCAGUGGUCACACCUUCUUCACCCAAGCCACCGCCUUCUCCCCUCUCUCUGCCUGCCGCCAUAGUGGACAAGCCGCUGGAAAGCGUUGUCAGUCGGAAGGCUCGAGCAGUGUAUCCGUGUGAAGCAGAACACAGCUCAGAAUUGUCUUUUGAAAUAGGAGCAGUUUUUGAGGAUGAGUCUCCAGCCAAGCCUCCUCUGUGUGUCAGGUUUGCCAGAUCUGAGUUACAGAAGAGAACUCUUGUCAAAAAAUUUUGGUUUAUAGUUCCCAUGCCAUUCUUUUGCUUUACAUGAUCUUUGCUCAUUUGAAUAGUGUGUGAAUCUCUGGAUCUGGGUAUUGACUUUGUACAUUGAAGCAAGGGUGUGGAUUUUAUCCCAGUCUUUAAUAUUCACACACAUGCGUUUAGGAGCUUUGCCUGGCUUAGUAUUUCACAGAUUUCUCCUAUGGUUCAUUGUUUGUCUCUUUUCCCCCGUCUCCU